AUGCAAGAAGCGGUGCAGCUGCUGCUGAGCUGCAAGAACUGCCAUUAUGGUGGAGACAAUGGCAGUACCACACGGCACUCCUACCAGAGGCUUGGGUGCACCAUCUAUUUUGGCAUACAGGUGAUGGUUACGAUGGCAUGGAUGGGCGUGGUCUUUCUACCACUUCUGAAUCAUGGAAUCUCUACCACUGGAGAGGAACUGACAGCCAAAGAAUAUGCCCCACUGCCCAUUUGGUUGCCUUUCAAAGUGCACAGUUCACCUUCUUAUGAGUUCACAUAUGCUGUUCAAGUGUUAUGGCUGGCAUUUGUUGCAGAAACAUCUAUUUGUAUAGACUGCAUAUUUAUGAACCUAAUGCUAAUGAUUACAGCAGAGCUCCACAUCUUGAAUAGCACAUUAUCAACCCUGCAGAAGAACUCAUUUGUUAAUAAAGUUCCAGUGGUUUCUACAAAUGAAAUUACAGAAAACAUGUUGCCUUUCACUCACAGAAGAGGAAUCAAAUACAGUAAACAAAUAUAUGAAAAUCUGAUCCCUGUUGAAGGGACUGAAGAUAGCCCAUCUGAUACUUGUAAUUCCUACUACGCCAAUUCACAGGGAGAAAUAAAGCAGCGAAUGUACCAGCAACUACUAAAAAACAUACAGUAUCAUCAAACAGUUAUCAAGUGCACAGCAUCAGCACAAAAGGCAAUGAACUUUUCAGUGUUUGUACUGCUCUCCACUAACAUUAUAGAAAUAUGUAGUUCUAUAUUUAGCACAGCCGAGCUGCUGAAGAAUGAUAUGCCUGUAGCAGCAAUGAAGACACUUUGUAUGAUCCCAGUUAUCUUGUGCCAAAGUGGAAUGUACUGCUUUUUUGGCCAAAUGAUUGCUGAUGAGAGUGAGAAGUUGUUGCAGUCAGCCUACAACUGUGGCUGGUAUGAGUGUGAUAUUCGCUUCAGGAAUGUAUCAUUCAUCCUCAUGCUGAGAGUAACAAGUCCACUAAAGAUUACAGUUGGAAAAACAAUGUCACUGUCCAGGCAGACCUUCCUUCAGGUGCUGAAUGGAGCAUAUGCAUUACUCAACAUGGCUUACCAUGUCAACAAGUGAAAUAAAACAAGGGGGACAGGCUUACUACCGAAAAUGACUAUCAUUGUACUAUAUUUUUAAGAUGCUUUCCCAUUUUUGCAGAAAAAGUUCUUCUUUACAUGACUCUUAUCCAUACACCUAAGGAAAAAAUUUCAUAAAUGAAUGCUAAACAAAUUAAAGCUAUACAAUACUAUUUUAACAGACACAAAAUAUUAUGCUUCAAACACUGUAUAUUGCACUUGUUAAUUAUACGAAUGAGCUCCAGUUUUUGAUUUCUUACAUUACAGUGUAUUUCACUUACAGCAUUCCAAAACAGUGGUACUUACGCAUUAUACAUGGUUUCAAACAUUAUAAUUUUUUAAUGUAAGAUUAUGAAGAAGACAACAAUGUACAAAGCUGGAGACUCAAGUAACCACUAAGAAUUUUUCAUAAUACUGUCAUUAUUUCAUCCUUGAUUUUCCAUUGUUUGAUUUUACCUGAAUUUCAAAAUAUUGGUGGGCAUUUGCUGUUCUUUUCAUUGUAAACAAAUCUGAGGCCUCUUAGGGAAAAUCCACUCUGCAUUUGCCGAUACUUCUUCUGACACAGCUGCUAUGCUUCACU